CUCCUCUCCAGUACACCUGAAUAGACCUGAGGAUGCUUAUACAUAUUGACACAAAUAUAAAAAACCACAAACUUUAUGACGGAUGCUUUUGCAAUUGUUGGAUUAGAUCUUGCACAACACCUAGUGGCCACAAUCAUUCAAUAAGUCAAGCUCAUGGCGCAGAAAGUUGAACGAUGAGGACACCUUUGUUACUGGAUACUUUCUAUCCGACUUCUGUUUUGGAGACUUUGUGUACGUAUUAAGCGACUAUAAUUAUUUGAUAUGCUUAAAUGUGCUGUUUUAGCUUAGCUGUUGUGUAGCUGCUAGCUCCUGCAGCAGGUGUGUCCAAAGUGCAACCCAUAGCUAUGUUUGUAAGUGUUGAAGAUGUGGUAUUUGCGUGUCAGUCCAAUCAGCGGCAGCUACGCCCUGUUUGGUCAUUGGACCUAAGUCUUUGGCUUGGUAGGCGGGACAGAGAGCAAGGGAACAAUGUGGGACAGCAAUGGUGUCCAUCUUCUAGCAUGCUAGUUGUUGGUCAACAUGAUCAGCCACACCCUGACUUCCAACAUAUAUAGGAGUCAAAGGCCUCCUGGUAUGAGUGGUCUGACUGGUGAUCAUAACAGGUGGCAGCUCAGUCAGCCAGGGCUUCCACUGAUAGAACAGUUGGAGCAGUCCUUGUCCUUCACUCCAUCCCGGGAGGAGUAGAUGUCAGCCAUUGCUGCUACUUCAGGCUGUGGUACGAGCACGAGCAUGGAGGAGCCUUUGUAGUGGUGUCGCAGCUUGGUGGUCGUGCCGUCAGGUAACACCAGGAAGGUUCCUUCUGUGCGACACUGACUGCUGCCUUUUUCUCCCUGGACUCUGACUUCAUAUCUGGUGUUGUCCUUCAGACCUGGGCCAAGAAGCCAUGAAUACGUCUGUGAAGAACAUCUUCACCCUGAGCAACAGAAGUGGAGCUUCACGAUGGAGCCACAGCCCUCCCACAUUAAAAAGGAAGAGGAACACCCACUGAUCUCCCAUUUUAAAGAGGAAGAGGAUGACCCACUGACCACUCACAUCAAAAAGAAAGAGGAGGACCCACUGAUACCCCAUUUUAAAAAGGAAGAGGAGGACCCACUGACACCCCAUUUUAAAGAGGAAGCAAUGGAUCCACUGAGCCCUCACGUUAAAGAGGAAGAGGAGGACCCACUGAUCCCUCACAUUAAAGAGGAAGAGGAGGAACACAGCAUCAGUCAGCAGGGAGAGCAUGUUGAAGGACUGGAGGAGGUUGAUGUCACCAAGAUGCCAGUGACUGGUGUCCCUGUGAAGAGUGAAGAUGAUGAGGUCAAAGGUGAGAGAGAGGCGGAGCCUCCAAGCAGCAGCUCAACUCAACACAUGACAACAGAAGCUGAUGGAGACCACUGUGGAGGAUCACAAGCAGACAAGCUCUUAGCUCCACUAUCAGAUAGUGAGGACACAACGUCACACUCUCCUGACACUGAUGAUGAACACUCUAAAGAUGAUGCAACAUGUCACACUGACAACACACACUUCACAUGUUCUCUCUGUGACAAAACUUUUAAAUCUAGUAAUUUGAAAAGACACAUGAGAACACACACUGGAGAAAAACAUUUUUCAUGUUCAAUAUGCGGUAAAGAUUUUACUCAUAGGCACGAUUUGAAAAUACACAUGAGAAAACACACUGGAGAAAGACCUUUUUCCUGCUCAGAAUGUGGUAAAAGUUUUGUAAAAAAUCAAAGUUUAAAAGCACACAUGAGAACACACACGGGAGAAAAACCUUUUUCAUGUUCAAUCUGCGGUAAAGAUUUUACUCGGAGGGAGCAUUUGAAUAUACACAUGAGAAUACACACUGGAGAAAACCCUUUUUCCUGCUCAGAAUGUGGUAAAAGUUUUGGAAGAAAUCUAACUUUAAAAGAACACAUGAGAACACACACUGGAGAAAAACCUUUUUUAUGUUCAAUCUGCGGUAAAGAUUUUACUCAUAGUCAACAUUUGAAAAGACACAUGAGAACACACACUGGAGAAAAACCUUUUUCAUGUUCAAUCUGCGGUAAAGAUUUUACUCAAAAGCACCAUUUCAAAGCACACAUGAGAAUACACACUGGAGAACAACCUUUUUCAUGUUCAACCUGCGGUAAAGAUUUUACUCGAAGGGACCAUUUCAAAAAACACAUGAGAAUACACACUGGAGAACAACCUUUUUCAUGUUCAAUCUGCAGUAAAGAUUUUACUCGAAGGGACCAUUUCAAAAAACACAUGAGAACACACACUGGAGAAAAACCUUUUUCCUGCUCAGAAUGUGGUAAAGCUUUUGUACGAAGAAGCACUUUGAAAAGACACAUGAUAACACACACAGGAGAGAAAGUGUUGAGUUGCAGUGUGUGUGGUGAAAGAUUCUCUUCUAAGUACCAGUGUAAGAAACACAAGUGUGCUGGUGAGAACAGCAGCAGCAAAUGAAGAUGCAGGAUUUGAAAUAAACUGUCAAAACUUUCACUUUGACCUUCUAACAACAUCAGCACAUAGAUUCUAACAUUUAUAGAUUAGAUAUUUUAGAUUAUUGCUUUUUUCAGUCAAGUAUAUGUUUUAAUAUACAUUGUGUACUUUUAUUUAAUAAUGAACACAACACUUUGACUGUAAAGGUGAGAAUAAACAGGACAAAACAUGUUACAAAUACUUUUUAUGUGUAUAGAGAUAUUUAUAAAUCAUUUUUAAUUAUUAAUGAUGUUAUAGAUGAACUCCUUUAUAUGAUGUACAUAUUUGUUUUACAUGUGUUCAUACCUUUGCUUUUGAGUACUCAUAAAUCCCUCUUAGUUCAUAUUUACUGGUUCACAUCUGAAACAUCUUCUGGACCACUUCUGGAAGCAUAUUAUUAUUGACUUUAUACAUCAUUAGAACAGUUGUCUUUUAUACAAUUUUAAAAUGUGUGACUUUUUGAAUCAUUUGUUGGGUCUCUAUAAUCCAUUCUAUUAAUUAUCUUUUUUACUCUCUUUUGUAAUAUGAAUAUUGUUGUAUAUGUAUGUCCCUUUAUGUAAUAUGUAGAUUAGAGAAAAUGGCAACAUUAUAUGUGGAAGGUUAUGAAGGAUAGUUUUGUUUUUAAUCUACAUUUCUUAUUAAAAAACUACACAUGACAAUUGUUUUUUAAAGUAGUUUUGUUCCCCCUUUUUUAGAAUCCCUCAAACAUGAUCAAUUUCAGAAAACAUGGGAACGUUUGGAAUGUUAGGGAAAAGUCAAUAAUGUACAUCAUCCCACAGAGCUUUACUGUACAUCCAUCCA